AUGACUGGGCAGCAAAACAAAAGAGCCGUUCUCACCUACGGCCUGAUCCAGACGGCCGAGACUAGAUUGAAUCAAUCAUCAUGGAACAUCCAGAGACGGCGAGUGGAAAUAGAAAAAAGCAAGAAACGGUACCCUUGGGAAGAGGUACCCACGCCGUUGCCCAGUGGGGGUAAACUGUGGCGUCCACAGCUUCAGCCACACAUCAAAUGGUACGUACCGGCCGAUUUACCCAUAUUGCUCAUGGGUGCUCCCCGCGCAAUGACGCAGCUUGCCGUCCGGUGCUCCGUGCCCGUGACCUAUCCGGACAGGGACAGACCCCGCCCCUCCGUCCACCACGAAGAAGCCCUCCGCCCGUCCAAGUUCCAUCUGCCAACCGCCCUUAGCAGCGGACUGCGGGAUGCCAACGCCUACCACGUUAGUGUCGUGGAAAAGCUCUGUUCGCUCGCAGGGCUUUGUGUACGCGCAUAUAGCCCACCCACAGUUCACACAACCCUCAGCCCUUUUUGCAACUCGUCGAGGCCCGAGCCUCCGUUUCAAGACGGGGUCAAAGACGGGGGACACGCCGGUUCCUGCCACGAGGCUAUGUGCAUAGUCUGGAUUUACAGCUUUGCGAGCCAACGAGCCUCCCAUUGA